AAGAAGGAGAAGGUGAAGGGGAGCCAAAUCCUAGUAUUGAUAGAAAAUAGAGUUAGAAUUGUUGGUGGAGAGGAGAGAUCCGGCAACCAUAAAAGAAGAAAGCAGGCGAACCAAACCAAACAUACCAGGGAAGCAAAGGAAAGGCACGCUUCCAACAAAAGGGCACCAAACCCGUGAAGGGAUCGACGACAUAUAUAGAGAGAGCCAGGCGAGAAGGACAGGGGAGACACGCAGACGCAGCAAGCAAGAGCUGCGAUAAGCGAAGCUAGCUCCAUUUCUUCUCUCAAUCUCUCUCACGGAGAGGGAAGGGAGAAGGGGAAAUCAGAGCAAAGAAGCUUUUUUUUUUUUUUACUCUCAAUCUUUCGUGUGUGCGUGCGCCACCCCGAAAAGGCUCCGGUGGCGGCGGCGGGGAGUGGUAAGUUUCUUUAAAGCGCGGGCGCGGGAGGCCACCCGGAGAGCUCCGGAGAUGCAGCAGCGGCGCAAGUCGGUGUUCGCGUCGGCGCCGUUCGCGAUGAAGCAGGCGGCGCUGGGUGCCGGCGUGGCCGCGCGCAAGAACGGCGCGCCGCUGUCGCUUGCCGCGGUGGUGUUUGCGCUCUUCGUCUUCGCGACGUUCCUGUACAACGAGGACAUCAAGUCCAUCACGGACUUCCAGUUCAGCGCCGGCGCAAUCCGCGCCAAGGCGCCCGACCUACACCUGCUGCAGGAGGCCGAGGCCGCCGCGCACGCCGCCGUCAACACCCUCGCCAAGCGCGGGGAGGAGGUCAUCGUCCGGGUCCUCGACGCGCACGGCUCCGGGGCACUGCAGCCGGCUGGCGGCGCCGGGAACGGCACUGGCACGGUGGAGGCUGCGGCCGCCAAGACCAAUGCCAAUGCCAACAAUGCCAACGCGGGCGCGGACAAGGUGGACGAGGGGCUGGAGAAGGACCGGGACGUGACGCUACCGACUGUGACGGGAGGCGGCGCGGACGAGGCGAAGCAGCGGGAGGACGAGGAGGCGGCCGAGAAGGCGUCCUCGGCGAAGGCCGCCGCGGCGACGGCGGCGCUGCGGACCGUGGUGAGCUUGCCGGAGACGUGCGACCUGUACCGCGGCAACUGGGUGUACGACGAGGUGAACGCGCCCGUGUACAAGGAAGGGGAGUGCGAGUUCCUGACGGAGCAGGUCACCUGCAUGCGCAACGGCCGCCGCGACGACUCGUACCAGAAGUGGCGGUGGCAGCCGACCGACUGCGACCUCCCGCGGUUCGACGCGCGGUUGCUGCUGGAGCGGCUGCGCAACAAGCGGCUGAUGUUCGUGGGGGACUCGCUGAACCGGAACCAGUGGGAGUCGAUGGUGUGCCUGGUCCAGUCCGUGAUCCCCAAGGGCCAGAAGACGCUCACCAAGUUCGUCAACGGCGGCUCCAGCAACGUGUUUUACGCGCACGAGUACAACGCGACGGUAGAGUUCUACUGGGCGCCCUUCCUGGUGGAGUCUAACUCCGACAACCCCAAGGUGCACAGCGUCCCCGACCGCAUCAUCCAGUGGCACUCCAUUGCCAAGCACGCCCGGAACUGGGUCGGCGUCGACUACCUCGUCUUCAACACCUACAUCUGGUGGCUCAACACCCUCGACAUGAAAGUCCUGAAGGGUUCGUUCGACCAGGGCUCGACGGAGUACGUGGAGGUGGAUCGGCCCAUGGCGUACAAGGAGGUGCUCAAGACGUGGGCGAAAUGGGUCGACAGGAACAUUGACCCCAACAGGACGACCGUCUUCUUCAUGGGCAUGUCGCCCAACCACAUCACGCCGGAGGCGUGGGGCAACCACGGCGGGAUCAAGUGUGCGAUGGAGACGCUGCCGAUCACGAACCGCAGCACGUCGCUGGACGUGGGCACGGACUGGCGCCUCUACGCCGGCGCGCAGGAGGUGCUCCCGACGCUGCGCCGCGUGCCCACCCACUUCGUCGACAUCACGGCGCUGUCGGAGCUGCGCAAGGACGCGCACACGUCGGUGCACACGCUCCGGCAGGGGAAGCUCCUCACCCCCGAGCAGCAGGCGGACCCCAAGACGUACGCCGACUGCAUCCACUGGUGCCUCCCUGGGCUGCCCGACACGUGGAACCAGUUCCUCUACGCGCGCAUCGCCUCCAGCCCCUGGCCCGCCGACGCAGACCAGUAGGAUUCCGGUAGCUGACGACGGGCCUCCGACGAGGCUCCGCUGUUACUGCCAUGCAGGAAGAGCCAAGGACAACGUUGGCAAAAGGAUGCUCGCCACCUUUCUUUUUUUCACUUUUUUUUUUACCGAUUUUCCUUUGGUCGCGUAAUUCUGUUCUAUGUUGUUAACUAGUAGUUCUUUUAUUGAAAGAAGAACUGGAGGGUGUAGGAUAACAAAAAUUCGUGGCGAGCUGGUGUUCAGUAGUAGCUCGCUCAUUUCUUCUCCUGCUGAGGAUGGCUAGGAGAAAGGAAAAAGUUCUGCAUGAGAUGCAAGAGGGAAAGCAAGCAAAGGAGGGUUACAUGUAAAGAAGGUUUUUUUUUUUGUGUUUUACACUAUGCUGGGUGCACCCAAGGUUAAGAGAGGUAUAAAUGCCUAGGAGGUGCAUCUGUUCUUCAAUCAUGACGAUUCUGGAGCCC